AUGUCGUCGCAACAACCUAUUCAGGUUAUCUUCGGCGCGGUCUCGGUAGGAAACUUCGAGCCGUGGGUCGGCGAGGACUAUUUGAACAAGGCCUUCUCUAUCCUUGAAGCUCACGGUGUGAAGAGCAUCGAUACGGCGCAGUUAUACGGCAACUCCGAGAAACGACUGGGCGAGGUCAAGGUUGGCGAGCGCUUCGUUAUCGACACGAAAUGGGUGGGCGGCUUGACGGGCCCUGGAUGGGCAACCAAGGAGAAGAUCAUUGAGACAGCCAAGGAGAGUAUCCGGAAGCUAGGAGUGAAACAGGUGGACAUCUUCUACCUGCAUGGGCCGGAUGGAGGAGUACCGCUGGAGGAGACGCUAGAGGGUGUGAACGAGGUGUACAACACGGGCUUGUUCAAGCGGUUCGGCAUUUCGAACUUUUCGCCUGACGACGUACAGAGGAUACACGAUAUCGCAAAGGCCAAGGGUUGGGUUCUGCCCUCCGUAUACCAAGGCAACUACAACCCAGCCGCACGCAAGGCGGAAACGGUGCUGUUCCCGACGCUGCGCAAACUUGGUAUCGCCUUCUACGCCUACAGCCCGCUGGCGGGUGGCUUUCUAACUAAGACUGCCCAGCAGGUUCGUGACGGCGCAGGCCGGUUCAACGAGCAAGCCCUAGGCGGUAUCUACCGUCAAAUGUAUGCGCGGCCGGCCCUCCUCGACUCCCUGGACAAGUGGGCCAAGAUUGCCGAGGACGAGGGUGUCUCUCGUGCCGAGCUAGGCUAUCGCUGGGUGACGUACAAUUCGCCUCUCAAGCCCGAGUACGGCGACGCCAUUGUCGUCGGUGCCAGUUCUGUCGAACAGCUUGAGCAGACCCUUACCGGUAUCGAGAAGGGGCCGCUUAGUGCUAACGCCGCCAGGGGUGUCGACGAAUUCUGGGAUCAGAUCAAGCAUGAGGCACCCCUGGAUACCGUGACCAAGUAA